AUGGGCAAAAAAGAUACCAACAGUUCAUACAAUAUAGAUUAUAAAAAUUUCAUAAUUGAGAACAAAUUGAAACAGAUCAAUUUGAUUGACAAUGGACCAGAUAUUGAAAACCUACCAACCAUUGAAGCAUGGAUUUGUGUAAUACCUGCUAGUAUAUCUUCUGAGUUUUUGAGAGAAAUCAAAAUACUCAUUCCAACAGACCCUGAUGAUUUAAAUCAUCUUAAAAGGUUUCAAAUAAGUAAUGAUCAAAGUUUAGAUAUUGAAGAUACUUUUUAUGAAUUGAAUAAUGGAAAUAGUGAAGAAAAUCAAGACAAUCAAGACAAUCAAGAAAAUCAAGAAAAUCAAGAAAAUCAAGAGAAUAAAAAGAAUAAUGAGAAGGAUAUUAAUAAUACUAAGCCGAAUGACAAAAAAAGUAAAAAAGUGAAAAUCAAGAAUAAGAAAAACAAAAAAGUAUUCCUCUCUGUUCUUCUUUGUAGUAAACAGCUAUUUACAAAAGGAAGAGAUGUUAUAGAUUUAUUUUCCAAUUCCAAAUACCCAAUCAAUGAGAAAACUUUAAAAUUAAUCAAAUUACCCAAAUUUUUGCCGGCUAAUUUAGACAUUGACGAUAUCAAAAGAAUUAAUGAAAAAUACAAUUGGAUGAUAAGUUGGAAAGGUAAUCCAAUUAAACAAGUUAUUAAUACGGAGAAUUUUGAUUUUUAUACAAUUGAAAUGAUAUUUGAACAAAUCCUAGCUUAUUGUCAAAGACAACUUAAUGACAAAAAUGAAUUGCCCAUUGUUACAAUAAUUUAUGAUCCAGUCAAUAAUGAACUUUUAGCGGAAUCAUUUGAUACAAGGUUCCAAAAUCCUUUAAAGCAUAGUAUUAUAAACUGUAUUGAGAAAGUUGGCCAGAUUAAAAGACUUAGGAAAAAGACUGAAAUUGCAUUACAAAAAUACCAGCAAGAAAUUGAGCUGGACCAAAUCAAAUUGGAUCAAAUUAAGUCAAAUCAAAUUGGGCCAGAUCAAGUCGACGAGCCAACAAAAGAUGAAGCUAGUAUCACAAACCUCAAAAACAAGAGUAAUGAUGAUUAUCUAUGUUUGAAUUAUCAUGUUUUCACAAGCCAUGAGCCUUGCUCGUACUGUUCUAUGGCAUUAAUUCAUUCAAGGAUUGGCAGAUUAUAUUAUGUCAAAGAUAUGAACAAAACUGGUGGAAUUAAUAACAAACACUAUCACAUUCAUCAACACCAGCAGUUGAAUUGGAGGUUUCCUGUAUAUAAGUGGAUCCAUCCAGAUAAAUUUGUCGCCGAGAUAUCUGAUAUUGAUGAAAAUGUAUUUGCUUGAUUGUGAUAAAAGUUGUUUCUAUAGCAGUGAUGGAUAUUAUAAUAAAAAAUUUCAUAGUUGAGUGUCAAAACCACGGCAAUGGGUACAUGCACAGUAGGCGUCACUACACAUUAGCUGCAUUAUCUAUGAGACCACAACUGUGGACGUGUCUCAAAAUGGUAGUGGUUGCAUUUCUGAAUGGUAUUUAAUGAGAAGAGAAGAGAAGGGGUCAGACUUCUUGUUUAUCUUCAGGUAAUAUCUACAAUAUUUUUUAGCCAAAAGACUCCUAACAAACUUUCAAGAAUGGUUUCCUUCAAACAGUUAGCAUCUUUUUCAUUAUUAGUUUGUACCCCUGUUUUCUCCUCUCCUAUUGUUAUUGGCGGUUCAAGCGAAGGCAAUUUUCAGGACGAAUUCUCUCUUCAAUUUCCUGGGCCUCCAGGUACCAAACCCAUUCCAGGAGACAACCCCUGUGCCAUCUGC